GGGAUCUCUGCAGCAGAGGUGGAGCUGAGAGUCAGACCAGGAGACAACAUCACUCUUUACUGUGACUGUAACAUAACUACUGGAGUUUACAUUAUGUGGUAUAGGAACUGUUCUCACAAGUACCAGCCUCCUCUUGUUAUUUCAACUAAGUUUUUAAGUAACAACCGUUUCCCUGGAUAUAAUGUGUUAUGGAACCCCUCUAACAACUCCUAUGAUCUACUGAUUGAGAACAUCACUGAGUCUGACCUGGGACUCUACUACUGUGGGACUGUGGAGAACAAGGUAGUGGAUGAUGGAGGUAAAGGAGGAAUUAAACAGAAAGAGUUGUACCACUAUGGAAACAUCACCACUAGGAUUUCACUUGACACCAGUCCUCCUGAGUCCUCCUCCUCCUCCCCUGAUGUAGACUGUGGUCUGUGUUGGAUGUUGCUGUUCAGUCUGUGUCCUGUGUCUGCUCUCCUCUCCUCUCUCCUCUCCUCCACCUGUGUCUACUCCUUCUGCAGAACAACAGCUCCAACUGAGACUCAGGUUCCUCUGAACAGGACGACCACCAGGGGAAGUGACAUCAGAGAGGAGGAAGGAGAUCUGUGUUACGCCUCAUUGGAUAUCCGUCAGGGACAGAGGAGACCAAAGAAAAAGAAGAGAGUCCAGAACUCUGACUUCAGUACCUACUCAGCCAUCAAUACCAGCAGAGUGUGAGACCUAUACCAUCCAUCAAUACCAGCAGAGUGAGACCUAUACCAUCCAUCAAU